UGCGGAUUGUUAUUUAUAGUGGAAAAGGGCCCAGUUCUUGCUUUCAGUCCUUAGUCCAUUAAUUAUUUUGCAAUAUCUUAUUCUACAAUGCUAAAUUGGCGCGUACCAAAUUCAAUCAGAAACCCUAGUCGCCCUCAAGUUUCACAUUUCUACUGUCUUGGAGCUGGGGUGUGUGAUUUAUUGAUUAUGGGACAAGCAGAGGUGGGUUGCAGCGGAGCAGAAGCAGUGUUGAACCUUCAACCCAACUCUUCAGUUGCUGUUGGUUAUCAUCCUCUCUUUGGUUCCCAUGAUGAUCUCAUACUCCUUGAGCUUGACCACAAUCUCCUCCCUGAUGUACUCCACCAAAGGGUAACAUUGAGAGGUCAGCCAGAUGAAGAUGCAGUGCUUUGCACUCAGUCCAAAACUUACUCCAUCAAGUUUGUUGGAACUUCUAAUUCUUCCUUCCUCAUACCUCAAUCUGGUCAAUUCUCUAUGUACGACUACCCAGAAGAUUGUGAUGCCAGAGUUCAAGCCCGCCAACUUUUUGCACCCAUUAUUAAGCUUGCCCCUGGUAACAUGGAGCUCACUGAAGUUUCUCCCAGGCUUGACAAGCUCAGGUUACUUCUCUCGGAGAACCCUUACAAGUCUGAUGGUGUUCUAGACAUGGAGGAUUUGGACACUGGAAAAGAUAAAACAGGACUGUAUACAUGGGAUGAUCUCGUCGGCAUGGUUCAGGCUAGCAAUAAUGAAUUAAGGUCUGGAUUACAGGCUUUGUCAGCUGUUGAGAUUGAUGGGUAUUGGAGAAUUGUGGAUGAGAAAUACAUGGACACAAUUCUAAGGAUGCUUUUGCACAAUUCCAUAUUGAAUGAUUGGUCACUAGAUUUUCUAAAUGAAGAUGAAGUUACAAAUUUGCUAGCAUCAGAUGGAUUUCCGCACAAGCUUGCCCACCAUUGUUUGAAUGUUUACGGCACUAAGGUUAAUGGUGGUGUGGGCACAGGUUAUGUGUGGAAGUUGGAUGAGAGACGGGUAUGUGUGCAUUUUGCAAGAGAAACCUUGAGAGCAGGAAAAAAGAAGAUGGAAGAUUUUAUGGGGGAAUGGCUGAAAAAGAUUCCAGAUGGCAUGGAGGCAAAGUUUGACAUGUUGGAAGGCGAAGUUUUGACAGAGAAGCUUGGCGUUGAGACAUGGGUUCGACCUUUUAGCAUUUCUUCAUUGCCCUCAACUCCUGCAGAGCGUUUCUCUAUGCUCUUUAGGGAGCGAUCAAAAUGGGAAUGGAAGGAUUUACAUCCGUACAUCAGGGAUUUAAAGGUACCUGGUCUUUCUUCAGAAGCUUUGUUGCUCAAAUACACUCGAAGGACACAACCAAGCCUAGAUGCAGAACCUAUUUUCAGUGCAAGAUAGUGCAAGAAAGACGCCGUUUUAGGUUUUGUAGGACAACAUCUCUGUAACUAAGUGAAUUUCACGAGCAGUUCGUCCAAAAUGUGCAUGCCAGUUUUUGGACCCUGUGUUAUUAAGUGAAGUUCCCUAUUAAGACUUGUCUUUUUAUAAAUAGAAGUAUGCUUGGUAUUUCUUCCGAA